GAACUUACGAUCAUGUUGUGCCACGACUCCCGAUGGCCGUUGGUGAAAAUUGUCGUGUUUGUUCUUGGGAAAUAGACAAUGAGAGCGAGCUUCUGAGACGGCAACGCGGACGCGCGGCAUCCAAGAGAGGAGAUGUGGAACUGGAAGCCGCGGAAGACAAAGGAGCUUUGGCAGAAGAUCAAGAGACGAAACCAGUAGUAACGAAUCCCAUCUUCGCGAGGAGUGCGGGGAAGUGGCAGGUGCACUACUCCGCGUGGCCCAAUCACGAUGAGUUCCUUGACGUUGAGAUCUUCUGCGAUGGGAAAUACAAGAGUAACCCCUUUGUAUUCCCAGCCAUUUCACUGAUGACCCGGUUUCCGAAGCAAGACAUCAGGUUGUGGAAUGGCGAUGUCUUGCAGUUGGCGGCCGCGAAAAAGGAGUUGUGCGGUAAGGGCAAAGCCAAGAAUCGCAUGCAGUGGCUGGCGGCUCCCUGGGAGAAUCCUGGCGAAUCGGUGCUUGGACCAAGACUUCUGAGAAGUGGGAAUGUGGAUGGCUCGACCCUCAGGUAUGAUCCUGAAGAGGACCAGAUCCACGCCUACCACUACGUCAAGGGUGCGAACAGCACCGCCGAGGAACACAAAGAAACCGAUGACUUCUGGGGACACAUGGACAAAUCUCGACGUGUGGCCUUCAUGCUGCUUGCUGGAGCCAAACGAACUGCCGAUGCUUGUGUCCCUGGCCUCCCUGGCGGCAUGGCGAAUGCUGUGAGAAAUAAUCCCGUUUGGCCGUUCGAGUCAGAGCGAGUUUCGGUGAAG